AUGAUUCCUAUUCAGUCGCGGAUACGCGAUAUGGCUCUUGCCAAAGCCCCCGUCGUCGCUCCUGUUGCAAGCACAGAUCCUGCUCAGGUUAGCUUCAGUUGGAGUGGCAGUUCUUUUGAAUGCUCGCCUCUCUCCAACCCAUCAGCUCCUCCUCCUACGCCUACCGACUCUCUAUACGAUAUCAACCCACGCAAAUCCUCUUUCUCAAGUGAAUAUGGCAUGGGCGCCGCAUGCGCCUUCCCCUCAUGGCCAAACCGUGCUUCACUAUCAAGUGCCGACUCAUGCGACCUUUUUGUGAACAACGCCUACCUUUCCGAUGAAGACUUGCUAUGGAUGCCAGAAAACCCCAUCCCAGAGGAGGAACCUGCACCCAAGCACACACAUAUGGUCUCGUCGGUGACCAUGGAGCAACAACUCGAGCGCAUGCGAGCCAUCGCCGAGCAAGAGGAUCGCGCCCGAUUCCUGGCAAAGGUAGAUGCCCAUGCACGAGCAACCCAAGCGCUACGACAGCCAAAGACAGUUGCGACCGAUCGCAGCCCAAUUUCAUCAGUUACACCAAAGAACAAGAAGCGUCGGGCUGUUCCCCUCAAGCGACGCGCCCACUCAUCAAGCAAAGUACCAACCGUUUAA